GAAACAGCAUUCAUCCUCUUCACAACAACAGUCCAACUACCAACAGGCGCCCCGAGGAACUAUGCGGUGUCAUGUUUCGCUCUGUUGUUGCGCGAUGGCGGGCUGCCCAACAGCUUCUGCCGCUCGUCUCUUCCCCCGCUAGAGGCAGAAGUGCAGCACUCCCAUUCGACCUAAUCCGCCACUUCACGGGCAAGGUCCAGCUCCGUGACUACCAGGAAGAAUGUAUUCAGGUCGUGCUGGCCUCCUUUCGGAAUGGUAAAAAGCGCCUGGGCAUCUCCCUCGCCACCGGUGCCGGCAAAACAGUCGUCUUCACCCAGCUCAUCGACCGUGUGCCGCCGCUCUCGCCAGAUGCUACACAGACCCUCAUUCUUGCCCAUCGGCGGGAGCUUGUCGAGCAGGCGGCCCGGCACUGUACACGGGCAUAUCCCGAAAAGCGGGUAGAGGUUGAGAUGGGCAACAUCCAUUCUACGGGCACUGCGGACAUCACCGUUGCCAGCAUCCAGAGCAUCAUGUCGGGCGAUCGAGCAGCCAAGUUUGACCCCACCCGGUUCAAGCUGGUCCUUGUCGACGAGGCACACCACAUUGUUGCGCCGGGUUACCUGCGCCUGCUAGAGCAUUUUGGCCUCGACGUGAAGAGGGACGACUCGCCCAACCUGGUAGGGGUGUCUGCAACCUUUUCUAGGUUCGACGGGCUCAGGCUCGGCGCAGCCAUUGACGAGAUCGUCUACCACAAGGACUACGUCGACAUGAUCAACGACAAGUGGCUCUCGGAUGUCGUCUUCACCACCGUGGAGUCCACUGCCGAUCUCUCGCAGGUCAAGGCUGGGCCGAGCGGCGACUUCCAGUCGUCCGAGCUGUCGCGGGCCGUCAACUCGGAUGAGAUUAACGAGAUUACUGUGCGCAGCUGGAUGGCCAAGGCUGCUGGGCGCAAGUCAACUCUUGUGUUCUGCGUCGAUCUCGCGCACGUGGCUGGACUUACAAGGGCGUUCCGGCAGUUUGGCUACGAUGCUCGUUUCGUCACUGGUGACACGCCAAAGGUUGAGCGCGGCGAACGUCUCGAGGCGUUCAAGCGCGGCAAGUUUCCCGUGUUGAUCAACUGUGGAGUCUUUACCGAGGGCACUGAUAUCCCCAACAUCGACUGUGUCUUGCUGGCGCGGCCCACCAAGUCACGCAACUUGCUCAUCCAGAUGAUUGGCCGAGGCAUGCGCUUGCACGCGAACAAGACCAACUGCCAUGUGAUAGAUAUGGUAUCCAGCCUGACCACAGGCAUCGUGACAACCCCGACACUGUUUGGUCUAGACCCCGGCGAGCUGGUCAAAGAAGCUUCUGCAGAGGACAUGAAGGACAUCAAAGACAGAAAAGAUGCCGAGAAGCGACGAGAGCAAGAGGCACUUCAGCCAGCUUCGGCACUGCAAAGACGUGGUCAGUUCAAGGGCAACAUCACCUUCACAGAAUACGACUCGGUCUUCGACCUGAUCUCCGACACAUCUGGGGAGAAGCACAUCCGCGCCAUCAGUCCAAACUCGUGGGUCCAAGUCGGACCUGACAAGUAUGUUCUGGCCGGGACAAACGGCUACUUGCGCAUCGAGCGUGAGGAGAACGCCAAGGACGGGCAACCCAAGCAUGUUGCCUACGAGAUCCGCUCCCUGCCCGCGUCGGCGCACUCGAAGAGCCCCUACGCCGCACCGCGGAAAUUGCUCAACGCCGCCACUUUUGCCGACGUUGUUCACGGCGCGGACAAGUAUGCCGCGGAGCACUACGCCCACACCGUGAUCUCGAUGAGGCAGGCCUGGCGUCGAAGUCCACCGACAGAGAGCCAGCUCAAGUUCUUGAACAAGUUCCGCGCCAAAGACGACCAGUUGGAGCCCGGGUCAAUCACCAAGGGCAAAGCAGCGGACAUGAUCACCAAGCUCCGCCACGGGGCGAGGGGCCGGUUCGCAGCAUACUCGGUCGAGCGGCGGAAGAAGGAACGGCAGGAUCUGUCGAAGAGGCGGGACGCGAUGAUGGCCGAGGUCGCUGGUGUUGGGCCUCUUAUCCGGCCCUCCGAUCGGAUCAGUCAGUGAUCGUGGUGGGAGUCUUCCGUCUAAUUAGGUGGUUGGGAUCUUGUUUAAUGUGUCCCUAUUGCCAGCUGGUAGAAGAUGUGCAACUUAGGUGGAAAUGAUCAAAGUCAUGUAUAAUUAUGUACAUUAAUGUAGAACGAGCACAGAUAGAACUUCUCAUGCCCUUGGGUAAAAACUGUAUUUCAAUGAAAGACAUGUUUCCACGGCACCAGAUCGGCUGUCCGUCAUUCCAAA